GCGUCAGCCACGCAGAGCCAAGCCGCCUCGGGGAACAGCAGACACCUCGGCUCCCUCCCAAGGCUGGUGGAACAUGUUCCCGGGGACUCAGUUUGUAUGACAGUUGCUAGACUAUGUUUCCACUUCUGAUCGUACUCAGCCAGCUGACCAGACUUACCCUCGCGUUUCCUCAUUGCACAAAAAGCCUAAAGGAUUCUGAACAUGCCCGAGAAGAAGUCUUUACCACAAAAGAAGCAGCAAACGUCUUUAUGCACCGCCGCCUGCUGUACAAUAGGUUUGAUUUAGAACUCUUCACUCCCGGGGACAUGGAGAGAGAGUGCUAUGAGGAGUUUUGUAAUUACGAAGAAGCCAGAGAGAUUAUCGGGGAUGACGAAAAAACGACUACGUUUUGGCGGGAUUAUUCCACUAAAGGACCGACCACGCGCUCAGAUGUCAACAAAGAGAAAAUUGACGUUAUGGGUCUUCUGACUGGACUAAUUGCUGCUGGAGUAUUCUUGGUUAUAUUUGGCCUGUUUGGUUACUAUCUGUGCAUCACCAAAUGUACCAGGCAGCCGUCCUUGGGUUCUUCAGCUGUCUACACAAGAAGGGCCAGACACACACCCUCCAUCAUUUUCAGAAGCCCGGAGGAGGCUGACUUGCCUUCAUCACCACCAUUAGAGGACGCAGGACUACCUUCCUAUGAACAGGCAGUAGCACUGACCCGAAAACACAGUGUCUCACCACCACCUCCAUAUCCUGGACCAGCAAAAGGGUUCAGGGUAUUUAAAAAGUCUAUGUCCCUCCCGUCUCACUAAGCCCACCUUGCCACCUUGCUGGAAGACAUUCAUGUGGUUUGAAUGAUUUGUUCUCCCUGAAACAAAAAAGAUUUGUCAGCUUUUUAUGACAAACUGCAAGGAAUGAAGGAGCAGUACACACUGAACAGAAUCCACCACAGUUCUGCUUUUGGCUCAGACCGGGACUGGAUCUCUAUCAUCUUGGUAAGAGACUUGAACUUCAUUUCCUCGAAGUUAAGAAGAAAGUGCCUUUGUGCAAUGUAUGUUGUACUGGUUCAAAAGUCUGCUAUAGCUGGGUAAUGUGAUGAAUACCUAUAA